UGUGUAUCCAUGUUGCUUUGCAACUGAAACACCGAAAAAGAUGGAUUCUCUUCUUCUUCUCCAACCUCUCUACAGUCUCUCUGCCACUCACUUCUUUUCUCAGCACCGAAGUUUUCGUUUGAUUCAUCAUUGCUCAUCUUCCCCAAAACCUCUUCUACUCUCGAAAAGGCGCAACCUUUCAAAACCUUUGACUCUCCCAUUUGCUCUUGCGGAAUCAGAUUCUCCUCAACCUCUAGAAACAAGCUCGAAAUCUCUUCUCCUACAACUCUCUAAAUGUUUCGAUCUUCCAUCAGAUUACUUCCAGCAGCUACCGAGUGAUCUUCGACUCGAUUUAAAUGAUGCUGCUUUUGAUCUCUCCAAUGGACCCAUCAUCGAUGAGUGUGGUCAAGAGCUUGGGCAGACCUUACUGAAACUGUCCCGUGCUUGGGAGCAAGCUGACACAUCAACUUCUCGUAGUUUAGUGGAGAAACUUCCUGAACUGGAAAUGUCAUUAACAGAUGGUGCCAGAUCAGCCUUUGGGAGGCGUCUGAUAUCUGCGGGAAAAAGGUUCAAAGGCAUGGGACAGUAUGGUCAAGGUGACUUACAGAAGAUAGCUGAAGCGAUGAUUACAACUGGAGAGGUUCUAUCUGCAAGUACAUCGUCUGCUUCAUUGAGUAAUGAAUCUAAGUCGCAAACAAGGAUGUUUAAGUUUGGGGAGCUUCAGGUUGCUGUGAGUCCAGAGAAAGCGUACGCCGGAGCUGCCAUUGCGUUUGUCUUUGGGAUACUUUCAUGGCAAAUCAGUCAGGGGAUCCAAAACAUACCAGAGAGCUCAUUGCAGUAUGCAAAUGACAAUGCAUUGCUACUCGCAAAGUCUCUGAGAGGAUCUAUUCUAGCUCUGUUUUAUGCGUCGACCGUCUUGUCAGGCUUUACAACCGUUGGACUUCUCCUACUCGCUAAGCAGCUUUCAUCAGAGAAAGAGUGAAUCUUUGAAUGAUUUACACUUCUAUUUCGAAAAAAUGAUACUAAACUUUAAUAAUAGUCAUAAUCAAUUUCUUUCUCCAAUACA